AUGGCAGAGCUCGAGACCGGAUGUGUACGGCUUGGCGGUUCGCAAACCAUCGGGACGUACCUUAUGCCGAAGCUGAUACGUGACUUCAAGACCGCCUUCCCGCGUGUAGCUGUUCAGUUGAGGAUUGAGCCCACACGGCAGGUAUGCCAAGCAGUGGCGGCCGGAGACCUGGACAUCGCGAUCGUUGGCGGCGAGAUACCUCCUGCGUUCAGAUCGCAUCUGCAAGUGCGGACUUUCAAGUGGGACGAGCUCGUGCUAGUCGUCGCUGCAUCGCAUCCGCUAGCGAGCUCUGGGCGAAUAGAACGUGAGGCCCUACAAAAGCUUGCAAUGGUGUCUAUCAACAGUUGUUCCACGGUUUACGCGAUGCAAGAGGCGGCUCUUCUGCAGCAUGGGAUCAGACUUGCGUCCAUGCGUCCCGACGUCGAGGCAAACUCGGUCGAGGCUGUCAAGAGCGUCGUGCGGGAAGGACUCGGGGCUGCAUUCCUCUCUCGAACCGCCGUGGAGCGAGAACUUGAGGAAGGUUCUCUCGCCAUUGUGCGAAUAGACGGCAUCACCAUCGAGAGGCCGCUGCGCAUCGUCACAAAUCAGCGAAGAUACAUGUCAGUGGCAACGAAGGCAAUCUACGGUCAACUCCUGAGGGCCGCCACAGGUUCGGAGGCUGAUGGCGACGGGACAAGAGAUGGCACCGGCACACAGCUCUUGGCUGCAUCGCCCACAUCGAUGAAUCAGGCAGACGCGCUCGACGGUGGCGAUACAUCGAUCAGCACAGCGCGCAUCAUCGCGAAGAAUGAGCGCAGAGACCAGACGUCAGCUCGGGACAGCACAGCAGAAAUAGUGCCUGGGAUGGGUGUCAACACUGGAAGGUCGACCGACCCCCGGGUGCUGGCCAUGACUACAACAGACACUGGUGCGGCUCCAGGAAGUGACGAGAGCACGGAGGCAGGCGGCGCACCUGUGUACGCCACUCCGCCUUCCGAGAAGCUGCCAAACAUCGAUUUGCGUUUGCUGCAGAAGCUACCCUUCUCCCUCGUGCAGCUCAGCGCUUUCAGACUCGUUGCUACCCUUGGGAGCUUCAACUCCGCGGCAGAGGCCAUGUUUGUGUCACAGCCAUUUAUAUCUAGUUGUGUAUCGAAACUGGAGAGAUCGCUGGGCGUGAAGGUCAUCGAGCGACAGGCCGGGCGUGGCGCGUGCAGGGUGACCGAAGAAGGUUCGCUGCUGCUGCGAUACACUCAAGCCAUCUUCAGCCUCGGUGCCGAGUGUCUCGGAGCUCUCGCUGAUGUGGACAAUGUCGAGGGCGGUACCGUGUGCCUGGGGGCGUCCCAGACAACAGGGACAUACUUGAUGCCCCGGCUUAUCUCGAUGUUCUCCAGCAGGUACCCAACCGUGAAUGUGCAGCUUCGCGUUGACAUUUCAAGACGCGUGUGUCGUGCAGUGGCCGGAGGCGACCUCGAUGCGGCCAUAAUCGGUGGCGAAGUGCCCGCAGAACUCGCGCCGUACCUCCAGGUCAUUCCAUAUAGUCAGGACGAGCUUGUGCUUGUCGUCUCUCCCCAACACCCUAUAGCGCGUCAGAAACGUGCAAUCAUAGACAUUGAGGACUUAUAUGAUCUAACAUUCAUUUCCCCUGACGAGAACUCGUCCGUUCGUCAGGUUCAGGAAUCGCUCCUCAUGAAGGCAGGAAUACAGUGGCAGUUCGUCAUCGCGGCGUCUGCAGGACUUACACAUGGGCAUGUGCUUGAACUCAGUGGAGGCUAUCAAAAGCGCCGUUGA